AUGAGGAAGGUAUUUUUCAUUCUCUCAACAAAUUCUCUUCAUAUUAAUGCCAAGAAAUGCAAAUUUGGAGAAAGCAAACUAGAGUAUUUGGGCCAUUGGGUGUUGGCAGAAAGAGUAGAAGUUGAUAAGGAGAAGAUAUAUGCUAAGACUAAUUGGCUAAUUCUUAGAAAUCUUAAGGAACUUUGUGGGUUCCUAAGGCUCAUUAGAUAUUGUAGGAAAUUUAUUGCCAACUAUGCUUCAAUCGCAUGGCCACUGACACAAUUACUAAGAAAAUAUGCAUUUUGUUGGUCAAGAGAAGCACAAGCAGCCUUCUCGACCCUUAAACAAGCAAUGACUAUGGCUCCGGUAUUAGCAUUACCAAAUUUUUCGCAAGAAUUUAUUGUGAAAAUUGAUGCUUUUGGAUCAAGUGUUGGGUUGUUCUCAUGCAACAAGGGUGCUUGA